CUGCGCUUCUCGCCAGUCUGCUACAGACAAGGGAAGCGCUUCAGCUGCUGCGGAGCUCCGUCCAGCUCUCUCUCUCUCUCAUACACAGUCACAGACAAUAGCACCGAGAGCUGCUGGAGCUCACACACACCAGGAUAAACGCUCCUUCUUUUUUAUGUUUUGACAAAUCUACCCCUCUGGAUUAAUCCCACGGCUCCACCAUCCACCCUGUUGUGAUUCCUAAUGCUGAUCGGAUACUUGAACUGGUGAUUGUUAGCUGACGCCAUGAGUGGGCUUCGCAAGAGGAAGUUUGAGGAGGUGGAUGAGGACCCGUGCUACUCCUCACCCUCUUCCCUCUCCUCUGCCUGCUCGGGCUGGGACUCAGAGGGGGAGAGCUGCUACUCCGACACUCUGGACUCCACUCCCAGCAACCCCAGUUCCCCAGCAACCAACUUCAAAACGACAUCCAUCCUCAAGAGAUCCAAAAGAGCAAGACGAAGUAAUGUGACCUUCGACCAGGUGACGGUGUUCUUCUUCCCUCGGUGCCAGGGUUUCACCAGCGUUCCCAGUCGAGGGGGGUGCACUCUAGGCAUGGUGCAGCGCCACAGUGAGCUCCGCACGUACACGCUCGCAGAGUUCACCUUGGAGCAGCGGCUCCUGCGCAGGGAGAAACUUCUCAGCAGACUCAGGGAAGAGAAGCUGGAGGCUCUAAAACGGAAGCUGACGAGGAAUGGAACGCAGGAAAGCGAGGAGGCGGACCGGCUGACGGUUGACGAUAUCCCAGAACAGGACAUCGACAUCAGUGGAGCCAACCUGGAUGAAGGCUCCUUCCUUCAGCCUUACCCAUCAAAACAGCGCUAUGCACUGCUCAAAGCAACUGGUGUGAAGAAGAUUGACAAGGAGGAGAAGAAGCAGCUCCACGAGUUGAGGAUCUCCAGGGAGAACUGCGGCUGCGACUGCCAGGGCUUCUGCGAGCCUGAGACGUGCAGCUGCAGCCUUGCUGGCAUCAAGUGUCAGAUGGACCACUCAUCUUUCCCAUGUGGCUGCACCAAAGACGGCUGUGGAAACACAGAGGGUCGCAUCGAGUUCAACUCCACCCGUGUCCAGACGCACUACAUUCACACUCUCAUGAAGCUGGAGCUGGAGAAGAGGCUGGAGGAGCAGGCCAGCUCAGAGGAGGAGAAGGCGGGAGCCAACUCCCUACCGGCGGUGCCCUCCUUCCCGUUUAGCUCGGAGCUGGCAGCAGCUGGAGAGAACAGCUGCAGCAGCGACAUGACAGACUUAUCAGACUUCUCGGGCCAGAGUGAGGAAUCGGAGCUAGGCGGGAUCCGGCAUAACAGCCCGCUGGAUGUGGACGAGAACGGCCUGAGCCGGAUAUUGUGUUUCAGCGACACGGAGAGCGGAGAGGACAGGAACGGUAAAAACACUCGUUGCACGGACCAGCAGCAGGAAAAGCAGCAGCCUGCCACAGAGGCGUUCCGUAGCUUUAGCAUGGGGGACUUUGCGGACGAAAAUGACAACAUAGACGCUGCACUGUUGGACUCUGCGGACGGUCACACGGACAAUCAAGCUGCAGCCAUGUCGGAACUUUUGGAUGAGAACGCCAACCAGGGGAACGCUCUGUUCCACAGCAGCAGCAGCGUUCCACACACACCCUCCCCCACUGUCGACCGCUCUGCGAGCUACAACAUGGACCUGAGCCUCUCGUCUGAGUCAGACCUGGAGUUCUUUGAUGGCUUCCCGUGUUUGGGGCCCAGCUCACUUUACAACUCCCUCAAGGAAUAUGAGCACAUGGACAAUUAUUUCCAGUUUCAGUUGCCUAGUUACCCCAGUUUCCCUGCAGCGAGCGACCACGGGACCUGUCUCCUGGAGUCACUGAUUGGCGUUUCGGAAUCCGUCCCAGAACCCCCCGCCACAUUUACGGACAAUCAGCUGAUGGAGGAAGCCAUGAAGUUGUCAGUGAUGGAGUCUGUGAAAGUUUGACAACAUUUGUGAACAGUGUUUAAUAAAUAAAAAAAAGAGGAGGGGCGGUAUUGGAAGGGUAAUGAAAAUGCACAUAAGAUGUCAAACGUGUUGGAGGAAGCUGUGAUUUCUCUCUCGUCUAAUAAAUGUUCAGAUUUCCAGAUUUGCCUUCAAAAUGUUAGCAAAGCAGUUUGGGAUUAUCGCUGUGUGAGAUGGCAGCUAGGGGUUAAAAGUGAACGGAUCAGUGUGACCAGGCCCGUAGAAACCAAUGAUGGCUCUCCUAUCCUAAGAAUGCACUUUUAACCAAACCAAGAUCACCAACCAGGUUGGGAAUCUCAACACAGCUGAAUGUGCGCCUCAGGGAUAAUUUUUUCUAGCUUUCUUGCUUUUGGAGGCAGUGUGUGGCGACCAUUGCUGUGAUUGCCUUCAUACGAAACCCGAGUCCAACGUAGUUCUGUCUGUGUCCUCACAUUGCAACUUGAGAGAGUUGCGUUCUGGCUUUAGUCAUCCUAAAACCAUACCACACUUAAUAUCUUCUUAUCGCAGAUGGCUUUUUGAAUCACCCCAAUUGUGGAGCUAAUGGCUCGUUUGAGCUAAGCUAAGGUCAAGUUAAGGUCCAAUAAAAAAUUUUCAUUAAAUUCUUGUAAGCACGAUCUAUCGGUGAUAGUUUUACUUAAGUUGUUGAUGUGGUAAACACUUGCUAAUGCAAGUAGCAGCAGUAGCUAGCUGUAGCACAUUCUGGUGGAUUAGCAUCACAUUUCUGCAAGAAUACCCAUUUAAAAAGAAACUGAGUGGAGUUUAGCAAAUACAAAUGGCAAGAAUCAGUAUGAAACUUCUAAGAAAAAACUUGUUUCUGGUUCAAAGAGCUAUCUGCGACAGGUAAGGUGAUUAUUAACAACAAAAAUAGAUCUGUGCUAGCACUUUAAGGCUAGUGCUUCUCAGGAUCUAUCCCAAGGGUCUUAAAUGGAACAAAAUGUAAAGAAAGGCAGAAAGAAAAUCCCUCUAAAAGUUCCUCGAUCAGCACUUUAUCUGUGAAAACAGCUCUGUAUGCAUAGGCAUUGUUAUGGUCGUUCGGGAUGGAGCCAACAACUCAACGCUAAAUUAUGGAAUUUCUUAUUUAUGAGCAGAGAAACUACAUUGCUAUAACUCUUAAAAGCAAAAGCUGUAUCUGUGUUUUCUUUAAAUUAUUUCCUUAAUGGUUUAUUUAUUUCAGAAAAAGCCUUCAUUCAAUCAAACGGCACUGUGGUUUGUUUACCAGAAAGUGCAAUCUUCUUUUGUUUUCUUUCAUUCCACCUCUCAUUAAGGUAUUUUCAAGGGGAAACGGGACCACACGUCCAUCAGAAAGUAUUUAAUAUGUGUUUAACAUUUUGUUGUAAGUUAUUCUGUCAUUUAUUUCGUUAGUUAUUUAAUUUAAGACUUUUGGGCAAUAACAUGGGCGUUUGUGAGGUUUACUGGAUGUGCCUGUUUAUCAGGGGGAGCCAUGCCUGUCAGCUGUGUGUGUGUGUGUGUGUGUGU